AUGGCUAACAGCACUUCGUCCCUCAUCACCACCACCACCGCCGCUGCCACCACUACAAGUAUCAUACCGCCGCGUCUUUCCGGCUACGUCAAUAUCGACAGAUCCCCACGAUGCAUUGUUCCAGAGGAGCACUUCGGGCCUUUGGCCCCGUCGUCGUCGCUGUUUUCGGGAGACAAGGAGCACGAGGACAAUGCCACGGCACCACCAUCACCACCGUUCCCCAAUCAUGAGCUCAAAGAGAUUGUCGGCUUCUAUCUUGCCCCGCGACACAUUGCAGGUGCCAACUUGGCACCAGCCGCUGCGACAACUGCCACGGCAGCCAACAAGAAGCUUGCGUGGCUCCCCGUCAGAUUCCUCCGGGUCGAUCCGUUGAGGAACAAAAGCAAUGAAGAGACUGAUUGGCAGCCGCUUCCUGCCAUCGACACUCGCCACGCUCAGCAUCACCACGACGAAGACUACCACUGCCCACAACAGAAUGCGCAGAAGCGGCCACAGCAGCAAGGGGUUCUCGCCUGCUCCACUGCGAGCAUUACAUACUGGCUGGCACCCUAUCCAAACAGUGUGUCCCUUAUGUUGCGCCUUCAAGCCUCGACCUAUGCCGAAGGUGAGGACUACGCCGUGUGUCCCUACCUCUCGAUCGAGUACCAGCUCGACGGGGAGCAUACUGACGAAGAAGCCGUGACAAGACUCUCCAAAGCAGGCGGCGCUGCCCUCUACAACCGCUUCCUUCUGCACGAGCGAAAAGCAUCAAAGAAUGGCGCGUACGAUGGCGGCACGGAUACGGAGAUGAAGCAAGGCCGGGUCGUGGGAGGAAGGGACGAUUGCGGCGAGCGCGAUGACGACACCAUCCGACACUACUGUAUCGUCAUCGGGUGGGAGAAGUUCAGCGUGUGGGUGAUCAGGCCCACCCGAGACAGCCGCGCCUUGGAUACCGUCGAGGCGCCCCCAGCGGCUUCUUCCAAGACCAUCAUGUCCGCCCGGUCCAGCACCAAGCCCAAACCUGAGCCUGAGCCCGGCAACACGGCCCGCGCGCCGCGCUCGUGGCACGGAGGCAACAACAUCGCGCCUAACUCCUCUCUCGUGUCGCACAGUAAUCACUACGUCAGCCCCGACAGUAGUAUCAACAACGCGGUCCAGCGGAGCCGCAACUGGCGAGGCGCCCAGAUGAUGCGGCUUACCGGUAUCAACAUAAACGAACUGUCCAAGGACCUGCUCCCGCAGUGGAUCGAGAGGAUCCAUCGCUGGGGUACGACCGCAUAUGCAAAUGCCGUGGAGAUGGAUCUGGGAUGGGCACAGAUUCCGAGCUGCUGA